AUGUCGUAUCCCCCACCACCAGGCUCCGGACAGCCAUAUGGAGGUUACUAUCCUCCACCGCCAGAAAACACCCAAGCAUACCCUCCUCCGCCCAUCUCACCCCCAGCCAACGCCAACUACUUCCCUCCACCGCCAUCAGGACCGAGCCCUCCUCCCAACCCAGCGUUCCCUCCACCACCAAUAUCGCAAAUAUCACAAACCCCGUCACCUCCACCUCUCCGACAGCCAACGGCCCAGCGUCCCUAUAACUAUGGCGCCGUGCCAGCUUCAGCACCCGCACACCGAACAACAUUCGACCAUGCGGCGAUCCACCAACGACAACCGUCUUAUGAUGGGCCUCCCCAACCCGAACCAGAAGCCUCUACUCUGCAAGAGAAAUCUGCCACGUCGCCCCAGCUGCGAAAGUUGACGAAAGAGAUGGGCAACAUGUUGAAGGCGCCGACAGGACCACGCAUGCCAGGAGUGCCCGAAGGAGGUCAAUUCGUUGGCGUCCAGGGCACUAGUGCAUCAGACGACGUGGGAACAUUCAACGGCGGAUCGUACCGCAUCUCGCACCGGGACACGAACUCGAUCAUAACGAUCCAACUAGCCAUGGGGUGCCCGAUCACGGCGAAACCGGGCGCCAUGAUCUCCAUGUCGCCCUCGGUGACGCUGAAGGGAGCAUUCAAGUUCAGCAUGAAGAAGAUGCUGAUAGGCGGCGAGAUGGCCCAUUCCACUUUCACGGGCCCUGGAGAAUUGCUGCUUGCUCCGAGCACGCUGGGCGACUUGACCAUGCUUCGACUGUCCGGCAGUGAGACGUGGAGCGUAGGACGUGAUGCCUUUCUCGCGUGCACCCAGGGCGUCAUCAAGGAGUACAAGCAUCAGAGUUUCAGCAAGGCAAUGUUCUCCGGCGAGGGUCUUUUCGUGUACAAGAUAUCCGGCACAGGUUUGCUGUGGAUGUCGUCUUUUGGCGCCAUUCUGAGAAAAGAUCUCGUCGAGGGCGAACGGUACAUCAUCGACAACGGCCACCUUGUCGCUUGGAAUUGCAAGUACGUGCUGGAACGAGUCGCCAGCGGAGGCAUCAUCUCCGGCCUGUCCAGUGGGGAGGGCCUGGUUUGCAAGUUCUCAGGCCCUGGCACGGUUUACAUGCAGACCAGGAACCCCUCAGCCUUUUCAGCAUUUAUUAGCGGGUCAUCAUAUCGGGAAUGA